CUUAGGACCUAAGCACCCUAAAAGUACCAACUCCCAUCUGAUUUUGGAAGCUAAGCAGAGUCAGCCAUAGUUCGUACUUGGAUGGAGCUGCAGGCUGAGUUGUUGUUUUUAACAGAAAAUGUCCAGCAAGAAAAAGCCAUCAGGAGCAUUUAAUCAUAAAAGGAAGUUGCAGCAUUGCAAAGAAGAGGAGAAUCAAGCUAAGGCAUUGAAAGCUAAGGCACUGACUUCACAAACGUGUGCUACAAGAAACAUAGAGACAACUAAAUUGACUGAAUCAGAUCAUGACGAUGAUAACAAGAUACCAAUAUCUGAGCUUCUACCUGGACCAUCAACAAGUCAAGACCAUCUGACCGUGACUACAGCAACACCAUUAGCACCUUCAAUUAUUGGUUGUGACAUAACUGGGACCGACACUGAAGAUGUGGGUGAUGAUUUAUUAGCUGCAGUCCUGCCAUCUCGUAGUCAGCAAACCAUUGAAACUGAACUAAACAGAAACCCAUUAUCGUUGAUUUCAAAUGAUUAUGGAGAGUGGCCACCCAAAAUACAUGACGAGGUACGAAAAAUACUUGUGGAACGAGGACCUCAGCAAGUCACUGACAAAGAUUUUCCUCAGGACGCUAAGGUCUUGGAGUUGCAGCUUGGAAGAGAAAUGGAUGAACGGGAGGCAUCAGCACCCAAUAUAAAGGAAGGACCUGAAAAGAGGAAAGAAAUUCCUCCCUUUGCCCAAGGAAACACUACAGGAGUGGUCUUGUUUACGAAAGGCCCGGUCCAAUAUAAGGAAGAGCCAGAGGAAGGAUCCCAAAAGAGUUGGGAGUCACACUGGCAGGAAUUCCUGAACACGGUGGAGUCUCGGUGCCACCAGACUGAUCAGUCAGGACCACUUCAUUCUUGGCCAGAGGAGGACACAAAGACAUUUCAAACCUCCUUAAAGCGAUCAGCAGAUGGCAUCCCUCAGUCAGGAGAAGAGGAUGGAGUCCAAACCCACUGUGAUGAUGGCCCGGUCGCUGAUGAAGACCAGGUAUUUUGCCUGAAAGUGGAGGAGGAGGAGGAAGAGGAUGAAGAAGAAGAAGCGGAGCAGAAACAGAAGCAAUUCAAUCUGUUGGGCUUCCAAGGCGCCAAUGGGCAUCAAGAGGAAGACACGGCUGAACCAGUAGCUAGAGAAGGCCUUCUUCCAGCUCGAAGACCAGCCAAGCUUCCACGUAGGAUUGCGUAUUGGAGUGCCCAUGAGAUUAAUGCUCUCCUGGAUUACGUCCUGCAGUGCCAGCGGCUGUACAUACAGAGGGUGAUGGCAAGCACCAACUUGCGCACCAGAAACGUGUGGAUCGGGGCUUCCCGGGCCAUGGCCUUACGUGGCUUGAACAGAACCCCUGAUCAGUGCCACACUAAAUUUAAGGCACUGAAAGGGGCAUUCUAUCGGGCCAUGGAACGCCAUGGUGGCCUGGUGCCACGGAAGAUGCAACCACCCUUCUUUGCUAAGCUCCACCAGCUGUGGGAGAUCGGUGGCAGGGCGGAUUGGAGGGACCGGAGGCCUGUGGCAGAUGCAUACCAUCGCAAGGGGGGAGAAGGAGGAGAUUCCAGUUUGAGUGGCGAGGAAAGUGGCGAGGAGGAGAGGGUUCCCAUUGCUCCUGUGCCAGGGCAAGCACCCCAUGCAGCUGAACAUAGAGCUCUCCAGGAAGCAGUUAGUCUGCGCCAGCUACAGCAACAGCAAAGGGCAUUGGAGCAGCGGGUGAGUGCGAUCGAGAACACAUUUGCCAGACUGCAGGCGAACAUUCAGGAGCUCCUUGCCCGCCUUCCAGCACCACCCCCGCCCCCUCUACAAAACUAAAUGCACUACCCUCUGCCCUACCCACCCUGACCCAGCAGUAUCGAAAUGUUUUGACAGAAAAGUUGUAAAACAGUUGUAAAUAAAUUUAUUACUUUUUCAAAAA